AUGGCAGAAUCAAACCCCUUUCCCUCCGCCGAGGAGACGAUCAAUCACCCCGCCUACCCUGGGGCUGUCUGGAAUCUUGAACCUCACAAGAAGGGCCUCCUCCCCUGUGCCAAAGACCGCGGCGGUCCGGUCAACAUCUCAUGGGAGGUUCACGGUGAUGGACCCCGCAAGAUCAUCCUCAUCAUGGGCCUUGCUGGUCUCGCGACAUCCUGGCAGCGCCAAACUAAAUAUUUUGGCCACGACCACGGCACUGAGAACUCCGUGCUCCUCAUCGACAACCGCGGCAUCGGCCUCUCAGACAGCCCCCUGCAGCGCUACACUACGUCGCAGAUGGCCCGCGACGUUCUCGAGGUCAUCGACCACCUUGACUGGACGGCCCCGCGCUCCCUCCACAUCACGGCCAUCUCUCUUGGCGGCAUGAUCUCGCAGGAGCUCGCCGUUCUCAUCCCGGAACGCAUCGCUUCCUGGACCCUCUUCUGCACGGCUGCGACCAUGGAGACCAACAAGACCAUCGUCUCCACCCUGCGUGAGCGCCUCACGCUCCUCGUUCCCAAGUCCGCCGAGCAGGCCAUCCGUGAGACCGCCGACCGCCUCUUCACCAACGACUGGCUCAUCGCCCCGGACGAGGCCGCCGAUGUCCCCAUCCCCGGCACGACGCCCCGCUGCGGACCCCCGCCCAGCGCCGAUCGCUACGUC